CCGGCUCGCGGCCUACCUCGCCGGAAGCCGUCGCCCCCCUGCCCCCCGGCGCCACCCCUCCCGCCGUGCUCCUGCCAGAGGGUGCCCGCCGCUCGCCGGGUGUCCCGCGAUGAGCAAGCCAGGCGGCAGCGCUGGCGGCGCCACGGCGGGCCCGACGGCGGCGGCCGCGGCCGCUGCGGCGCAGAAGCAGCGGGCGCUCCUCCAGAAGGCCGACGCCGACGUCAGCAGCCUCGUCGACAACUUCUCCGCCCUCAUCAACAUCGCCCGCGUCAACGACCCGCCCGUGCGCAACUCGCAGGAGGCGUUCCAGAUGGACAUGCGCGCCUCCCGCAUGGUGCAUUCAGCAGACUCUCUGUUGAAACUAGUAUCGGAACUUAAGAGGACAGCUAUCUUUUCUGGGCUUUCUUCUUUGAGUGAGAAUGUUGAUAGGAGGAUUGAAGUGCUCAGUCAACAGGCAGAGGAGACAGAGAGAAUGCUGGAGAGGAUUGGGCAGGAAGCAGCAGCAAGCCUUAAGGAGUUGGAGGCACAUUACUACUCGUCUGUUGUGCGGACUCCGCUCUAUGAUUGAGGUAGCCCCCAUGCCCAUCUUGAAUCAGGCUACCAUUCCAGGCAGCGCCAACAUCGGUGAUCGGAGAGUGUCCAGGACAGAUGUUGGGCUUGCGGCCAUCUGGGCGCCAUGCACAUGUAGCUUGUGAAAGAGCAAAGGUUCAUCGCGCCUCACCCCCACUCCAGUAGCUCUGGUUCCUGCACCAUUGUCUGAAGUCGUUGGCAGAAGAGAUCUGUCUGCUCCAGCAUGUGCUUCUUGAAUAUCAAGCGCCAUCUUCUGAUUGUUCUUAAAAUCAGCGACCAAAUCUGUUUCAAAGAUAGCCAGACGACACCGUUAAAUACAAAACUAUUCCUGUGCUUCCACAAAGCCCAGAGUGUAGCAGCUACAAUAGUAUUAAACACAUCAAGUCUUUUUCCAGCAAUCCAAUAUGAAGAAACAGAUUCCAUAUUGGUGCCCACUGGUUUGGCAAGGAAGCUACUGACUUCCUUCCAAACCAUUUUGGCCACCAAACAAUCAAAAAGAAGGUGUUGAACACUUUCAUUUUCAGAACAGAAAACACAGUUUAAAGGCUUGUUCAUCAUUCUCUUCUGCAAGUUAUCUCUAGUCAUGAUCUUACUAUAUGAAACUAGCCAGAGGAAAAUGUGAAUUCUGGGGGGAACAACCAGCUUCCAAACUGCAGGAAUAAAAACUGGUGUCACACCUCUGUAGUUAAUAAUAGCAUACAGAGAGCUAGUGGUGUAAGUGCCUGAGGCGUUGUAUUGCCAAACAAGGGCAUCAAUAUCCUCAGAGUAUGAGAUGCUCUUGGCAAUAGCUUCCAAUUAAUACCAUGAGUUCAUCAUCAUGGUGCUCCCAGAAGUGCAUGCGUUUUAUUUUGCUGGGAAUUCUGCCUCCCUUGUGGUAAUUUGUCUUUACGAUGAACAAAUGGCUGGCAGGGGCCUUUUCCCUAAAGAAGUACGUACUAAUUAAGUACUCUAUGGUUAUAUAUCAGUUGAUGAUUUAUUCUUUGCAGUUUGGAGGCAAAGAACUUAGAUAGUGAACAGUUGAUGAACCAUGCGGUUUGCGUUCUGGGGACGUAUAGAAGUUCAUGUCUUUGCAUAAUUUCCAAUUGAGAGUUUGCGUCUGUCAGCUUAGUUGAAGAACGUGGUUGAUGGCAGAUAACAAGUGCCUGGGUGGAUUUAACACAUGUUUUUUUAGAGGAAAUUUAAAACAAAACCUACCUGCUGAAAUCAUGGGAACUGUACGAGGACCAGCGCAAGAACUUAGGGCCUGUUCGGCUCUCCACCGGCUCUGUGAAAUUACGAGAUCUGCGGAGCACGUACUUACCAGCUCCACAAAUUUAGUCUGCAGCUCCGUCAGCUCCGCGGAGCUGAGUCCGGAGCGGAGAGACUCCGAACACCCCCUUAACUCUUUGACUUGCUCUUUUGAGCUGAUUUUGAUUCGU